CCAGCCAAGUUGACCCCAACCCCAGAACUUGUAUACUGGAUGAAGCUGAUCUUGAAGCCCAGCCCAGCCAAGCUGACCCUGGAUCCUGCAUGCCAACCAGAGUUGACCUUGGAUCCCUCACACCAACCAGAACUGACUCUGAGCCCCAAGCUAGCUGAGCUGACCCCAAGUCCUACAUGCCAUCCAGAGAUGACCCUCAAUCCUGGCACAGCUGAGAUGAUUCCGGAUCCAACACACCAGCCAAAGACUCUAAUACCAAACAUGGCUGAGCUGACCCUGGAGCCUGUGCACUGCCGGCCUGAGCUCCUGGAUGCCUGUGCUGACCUCAUCAAUGAGCAGUGGCCUCGCAGCCGAGCCUCCCGCCUGCACUCCCUGGGCCAGUCCUCAGACGCCUUCCCUCUCUGCCUGAUGCUGCUGAGCCCUCACCCCAUGCCUGAGGCAGCCCCUAUCGUGGUGGGCCAUGCCCGCCUGUCACGGGUGCUGGACAGGCCCCAGAGCCUCCUGGUGGAGACAGUUGUGGUAGCUCGGGCCCUAAGGGGCCAUGGCUUUGGCCGUUGUCUCAUGGAGGGCCUGGAGGUCUUUGCCAAGGCCCGGGGCUUCUGCCGACUGCACCUCACUACCCAUGAUAAGCUGAACUUUUACGCCCACCUGGGCUACCAGCUGAGUGAUCCUGUGCAGGGCCUGGUCUUCACCAGUCGAGGACUGCCCACUAGCCUUCUCAGUGCCUUUGCCAGGGCCUCCUACCCCCAGCCACCCUGCAAGGCCCCCAGCCUGACUUCCCAAGCUGCCCCAAGAGCUCCCAAGAAGCCCCCAUUGCCACCACCCCCACCCCUGCCUCAGCCCCCAGUCACCCUAGCCCCAGCAGUCUCCUCCCCACAAAGCCUACUGGAGACACGAUAUCGAGACCUAAAGGGUCGUCCCAUCUUCUGGAUGGAGAAGGACAUCUAA